UAAAGGGAUUUUCCCAGAGUCACAGGUUGCUGAAGACAAUGGGAAGCACCUGCAGAAUGACAUACACGGUUUUGGAAAGCCCUUUGGGAAAGAUAGAGAUCUCGGGAUGUGAAGCCGGAGUACACAGAGUAAAGCUUCUGGGGAAAAUGUCUCCAAGACCUGACAGCCAGAAGGUCGCCUCGUCCAGGGACAGCCGUGAGAGUCCGGCGGAAACCACCGCUGCGCUGGCCCAGUGCGCUGCCUGGCUCGAGGCCUACUUCUGCGCUCCCGAGCUGGUGAAGGACCUCCCUCUGCCGCCUUUGCAUCACCCCCUGUUCCAGCAAGACUCCUUCAGAAGGCAGGUGCUAUGGAAGCUGAUGACGGCCGUGAAGUUUGGGGACACCGUUUCUUACCAGCAGCUCGCCGCCCUCGUGGGCAAGGGCGGAGCCGCCAGAGCCGUGGGGGGAGCCAUGAGGGACAACCCGGUCCCCAUCAUCAUCCCGUGCCACCGAGUGAUCCUCAGCAGCGGAAAACUGGGCAACUACACGGGAGGAGUGGCCGUGAAGGAGUGGCUCCUGGCCCACGAGAAGCGCCUGAAAGGGAAAUGGACCAACUGAGGCGGCCUGGCCCGGCCCGGGGAGGCUACACUGGCGGGCGCUCCUCCGAGGCAGCGGGCCUGCCCAGGGUGGCAGCUAAACAAGCGGGCAUGUGCCCCCUAGGCUGGCAUCCCCAGCUCUGUUUGUGUUCUGCUUAAAUGUUCAUUAUAGCAUGCUUAAGGGAAUAGGAAGGGCCUGAGGUGCCCCUGCCCCUUGAAAGAAGCACCUUGCUUGCCAGGCGGGCAGUGGGCAUCAGAAGCCCCCCAGUUUGUGCCAGGGGGCCACUUUGGGAGAAAUAAAGCUUUCUGUAAGCA